GGGAGUUGGCGGAGGAGAGCCAGUGGAUGAGGCUAAGCAAACUGAGGCGUCUGGCGAGCUUCCUUCCAUCACCGGCCCCCUCCCUCACUUCACACCGGAACACAUCGACCUGCCCAGGCUACCUCACUACCACACUUCUUCCGUGCGACACGGUAGUGACGCUCAACCAGGACAACCCAACCUGCGCUCAUCCCAGCCCACAUUAUCAACAACACCCACGUCCAGCGGGAACCUGUCACCACCUAUUCCAGGAUAACACACCACCUCCCAUGGGUGUUACCCUGCUCCACCCUCACUUUUCGGAGUCACGGUCUUGGGUUAGAAGGGAAGGCCUCACCGUGAACACACUAACGUCCCAUUACAAUUUGGGAUGGAAGAAGCAUCUUAUGAAGGCUAAGAAAACUACGCGACCGACAGUGUGGACUACAACCAGGCGUGAUACACAAGCUGAUGUGGAUGGAGAAGAGAGAGAAGAGACAGUAUCCCCCUCACCCUGCCCCCACCCCACUUGCACCUCCUACCCAGAAGGGAAGACUAGUGAUGUGACCGAUGACCUGAAGCGAGUGAAAGGGCUAGAAAUGCCCCUUUGCCGAAAACUCCAGCAGCUAAAGCGCCUCCGACAGAUAAAGAAGGUGUGUCCUCGGCGAGCGUGGUGGGCAGGGACACCUUUCAUGCGGCAGUUGCGUGGCGGUAAACGGACGUGCAAUAGUGACAGAGCGACUUUACAGGUACCGGGGGUCCUGCUACGUCAAAUCAACGCCCAUUUCGGCGCCAGCGGGGUAGCUGUCUUCCAUCUUAUUAGAGAUUUGAUCAUCCUGAACUUGGUGAUAAGUGUGGUGCUGUGCAUCAGCUUGGUGCUGCCUACACUGUACCAGCUGCUGGUUCUGGAGGACACAAGCGUCGUGACGGCAGGCUGGACCACCACCAAUACCUCCACCAGCAGUACUGACACCCACCACCACUGCCCGCUAGUGCUGCCCACCUACGAUGAUCCCAAGGUGAGGAACUGCAGCUUGAUCUACCUCGACUCACUUGCUGCUGAGCUCAACAACACGUGGAGCAGUGAGGCGACGUGGUGGGUGUCGCAGCUCCUAUCAGGUAAGGGUUGCCUCGAGUACUCUCCGCUCUUUCUCGGCUUCUAUCCCGUGCUACUGCUGGGCGACACAUACUCCGUGGCAGCUGUUCAGGUACUGGCCGUGAUGACUGUGUUCUUGGUGUCACUGGUUACUGUAGUGACACGGAUCGGUCAGUGGCUCCGUUAUAACUCUGCCUUCUGGGGAGGACUUACCUUUUCCAAGAUGGUUUUGAUGAACUGGGACUUCUCUUUACAGCGUGAACAAUGUGUCAUGAACAAAAAACGCCUUCUGUUAAAUGAAAUUCGUGCCGCUUUUGAUGAGGACGAAUUUCAGCGAGCUAAGUGUGAGCGAACCCGCUCACAAGUGGUAGGACUAUUCAUUAAACGUUUCGUCGUCAAUUGUGUGAUACUUGCAGUACUGCUUGUUGGAUGCAUAAUCAUCAUUUUAGUCACCAAUUAUCGCUCGAUCUUAGAAGAUUGGGUUGAUAAACUGGAUUUACAAGAAAUAUGGCAACAAGAAACUUUGGAAUCGGUGAUAAGCUACCUAGACACGCUGACGGUGUGGCUCUUGGGGCUGUUACUGCCCUCUCUGAUAUCCUCACUGGGGUCGCUGGAGCAGUACAGUAGCCGCAUCACGAUGCUUCUCUUCAUCCUUCGUAACAUUUCUAUUCGUCUUAUCUCUCUGGGGGUGUUAGUGGUCUCCCACCUUAUCUAUGUCACCAGUAACUUGUCGGACGAUUGUCGCCUUGAUAUACCAUGCUGGGAGACUGCUCUGGCACAAAAACUCUACGCUCAAAUAGUGUGGGACUUCGCGAUGCGUGUAAUUGUGACCGUGUUGUUGCUCGCCUACAGACUCCUUACGCUGCCUUUCUCCUGUCUAAAGAUCUCACUAUUACCGGAGUUCGACGUACCAGGCAGGGUACUUGAUGUCCUCUUCCUCCAGACUAUCUGUUGGCUGAGUGUCCCCGUGUCGCCAUUGCUGCCGGUGCUGGUGCUAGUGUCCCUUUACCUCUUGUUGUGGAUGGACGUCGUGGGGGCAUUAAUUACCACAAAGCCUUCAAGUCACGUGUUCCAGGUGUCCCGCUCUUCGGCCAUGUUCAUGGUGGUGUUGGCUGUAUCCUGGGUGUGGGCCGCCAUCCUUACCAUCACUGUUUUCGUCUUCAUCCCACCGUCCCUGAGCUGUGGACCCUUCAGAGGGCUGCAGACCGCCUGGGAUGCUCUCACUUACAACAUCUGUAGCUUGGGUGCCAGGAUGCGUUGGCUAAGGGAGAUGUUGUUUAUGCUCAGCAACGUGAUAGUGACUGGCAGCGUGGGAGCGGUACUGGUCGUGGCCAUCCUUUAUUACUUCUGGGUACUCGAGUUCCGCAGUGGGGCCAUCAAGCGGCUCGAGAAUAAGCUCAAAGGUAUAUCUCAAGAUAAAAUAUUCCUGAUGGAAAUGCUGCAGAAAUUUCGUGGUAACCGACAGCCUCCUGGUACUGACACAAGAUGGCGCCGAGGCUGCCAACGGUGACGACUCCGGGUAGAAGCUAUCUUUGGCGGAAGGAUAAACAGUUAGCGAUGUUAUAAAAUUGAAAUGAUAAACUCGUGUUUUCCAUAACUGUUUGGGAAAACCUGUUGGUCACUCUGCAAAAAAAUUAUGAGGAUGUCUUCUGUAAACUUACUGAAUACUGUUCGAAACCAUUUACAAUUGAACCGUGAUCAUCACCCUGAAUAAUUAUAGCACUGCUCACUUUCACUUUUCAGUCUAACCUAACUUAUCCUAAUCUACUGUAAUCAAACCUAACCUAAUCUAAUCUAACCUAAAUAGACUAGAUUAGGUUUGGUUUGGUUAGUUAGUUGAAAAUAAACAACAUAAACAAAAUCACGAUCUUAAAAACAAUGUGACGUGUACCUAAGUGUGGCAUCCUUUAGUCACCGUCGCUGUGUCUUAGAGUGAACAAUGUUAACUCGUACUGUACAUAUCACGACAUAAUAAUAAAUAAC